UAUUUGUUAUGGUCAAACUUUGUUCGGCCUAAAAAUGGAAGGAGGUCGGAUAAGUGGGCUUGAAAGCCGUCAAGAUCUAGGAAAUUUCGAGGACACCCUGAGGAGGCUUAAUGCCUUAGAGCUCAAGCUUACAGAACAGGUUAAAAUCGACAUCAAAGAUUUGAAGCAACAUUGGAUUCUACCGAAGGUGGAUCGUGUAACGAGAAAUGCCUUUAAACUAUUUCAAGUUCGAGAACAGCUCAAGCUUUCUAAGGAAUUGUUUGUGGAGGAAGAACAAAUUCUCAAUGAGUUUAAUGCAGUUAAAGAGUUGGUUCAGUCUAACUCUAUGGACGAGGAGGAUUUUGAAGCAACCAAAGAAACCUGUUUAUAUCUAGGAAUGAAGUUGAAAGAAAUUCGGAACAAGCAGAAGAGAUGUUACUCAGACAAUAAGGAUCUAGAGUUGACUGUAAAUAAAGAAAUUAUGACACUCAAGAUUGAAGACAGGGAUCUUAGCAGUCUAGAUUUAAACCAUGUCCGAGCAACGACCCCUGUCCGAAGAAGAAGUCCCACACCCCUGGAUAGACAUAGAUCAAAGUCCCGGGAACCGUCUCCGUUCCGUAUGCCAGCUCUGAAGUUGAGCGGAGGAACCAUUACUCCAGAUCUUAACUUUGUAUCAAGAAGUAGCAGCACUGAUUCUAUGCUUGGAGGUCGAGUAGUUGCUCCCGAUGUUGAAGCAUUCAGGAUUGCUUUCCAAGCAAGACAAGCAGAAGAUGACAGCCCUCCAGGAUCCAGAAAACCCACCAUUACAACAUCCAUGUUUCCGACAGGACUAGAAUCUACCGGACUAAAUGAUUUCCAUGAAAGACCCGCAUCAGCUCUCAGUGAUAUGAGUAUAAAUCUUCAGGAUGGUACAGAGCACUCCAGACCUGGAUCUAGGAUGAGUACUCUAGGUGAUGUUAUAUCAGCAGGAACCUUUACAAGUAUGCCUCAAGAUGAACUUGCCCAACUUCAAUACAAGCUCGGAGAGAAUGAUGAUGAUGAUGAAUCAUUUGAUGAUCUCCUUGCACUUGGUGGAGUAACUAAACCCCAAGUGCAAUAUGGAGGUUCUGAUUUCCCUGUUCAUGAUUUGGAAGCUGAAAUGAUGAUCAACGAUUCUGCCCUAGAAGCAGAGCUUGAUUUUGAACAUAUCAAACAGACUGAGGACACAAAUGAUUAUAGUUAUGACCUUAGUUCAGAAGUUGUGAGUUGCAAAGAUGCUAAAAAUGUGCAAGCAGAAACUCCAGUUUUGGAAGAAUAUAUACAAACUAAAGCUAAAAUAACUGCACCGGAAGAAACUGAAGUUAAUUCUGAGACAAAAGAAUCGAAGAAUAUAAAAACAUCUAAAAUCACUUCAAACACUGAGGAAAUCACAGAUAAAAAAGUAAAGACUGAAAGCUCUAUCAAAAAGAAAAAAAAGAAACCAGAAAAUCAAAAAGUUGAAGAAACUGAAAAAGAUUUGGCAAGAAAGGAUGACAAUUCAGCAGAGACAUCCUCAAAGCAAUUAAAAGCAGCUCAGAAAAGUGACUCCAACACCUCUAAAAGUUCCAACAUAGGUCAGCAAGGAACUACUGAUUCAAAGAAGACUGAUGAAGAAAAUAAAAGUUCACAAAUCACAUCAAAAGUUGGCAAGCAGGUUGAACCUUCCAAAGAUCUGAAAAAUACAACUGACAAGGACUGCGUAGAGAUCGAUAAAAUCAAUAAAUCAACAGAAAAAGUAGAAAAUAUUGAUCAGGCAAAGGUUGCUGUAAGUGUAAGCACAGAAUCUGAAGGAACAGGAACAGAAAAGACAAGGUCACAAGUUGAAAAAAAACCAGAGAUCAAUAAUAAAGCAGAAAAGGAUCUACCUAUCACCAGCAAAGUAGAAAAAGAUGUUUCUAAAGUCAACAAAACAGAAAACGUUUCAGUUCAAGAUGGCAAAACAGAAGAAGAACCUGAUAAAGUCAAAAAAACAGAAGAAGAACCUGCUAAGGCCAGCAAAACAGAAAAAGUUGCCACUAAGGUCAACAAAACAGUUAAAGAUGCUGGUAAAGAGGUCAACAAAACAGAAAAAGAGAGCGCUAAGGUCAACAAAACAGAAAAAGAGACCGCUAAGGUCAACAAAACAGAAAAAGAGACUACAAAGGUCAACAAAACAGAAAAGGAUGAAAAAAUCUCUGAGAAAGUAUGUGCAUCUAAGGUUGGAAGUGAGAAACUGGAAACUACUGAGAAGAAAGAAAUUAAGAACUCUGAACCGGGGAAGAAAUUAGCCACCUCGGCAACAAAGAAAGAUUCUUCUGCUUCUGUUGAAACAAAGAGUAAGGAUUUAAAAAGUGGAAUAUCAAACAGUAAGCUUUCAAAGAACAAAAGUUCUGACAACAUAGCUCCAGAACCUGUAGCAAUUGAUGAACAGAAUAAAUCAGAGAAGGACAAUAUUGUCUCUGAACAUAAUUCAGAUUCCCAGCCUGAAGCAACAAAACGAUCUUCAAAACUAAAAAGUGAAAACACUGAAAUUGAUAACCAAGGACUGAGAAAGACAGAAGUUCCUGUAAAGAGUUUUAAAGAAAUCUCAGACAAGAUUCAACAAGAUGCUGUCCAUUCAAUACCAACUGUUAGUGAGAUAUGCCAGGACGCAUCAGAGAAGCCUAGAAGCAAAAGUGGAAGUAAGCAAGCAAGUAGAACUGGUAGCAGGCAACCAAGCAGAACGGGAAGUCCAGUUUCUAUACUGAAGAAAGGAGGAAGCAGAGAUGCUUCAAGAGAUAGAUCAGCUGUUGAGGAACCAGAGGGUCCUUUGAGCAGAUCAAGCAGUCUGAAAAAAUCUGCAAGUUUCAACCAAAGAAAUUUGGUAGAUGUGAAAAAGAUAUCUUUUGACGAAGAUGUAGAUAUUGAGCAAUUUAAUGCUGACAAUGAACCCAUUGAAGCAGCAAAACAAAUAUUUGCAGCAAUAGCAAACACCUCUCUUGAUGCUGGAUUAUCUGGAAGAAAAUCUAGAUCAAGAGAUUCUUCAAGAGACAGACUGGGACAGAAAAGUUCUGCCAAUGAUUUCUCCCCAGCUGAACCGGCAGACUACUUUUCACCAAAUGAAAGUGAGUUUGGCAAUGAAGAUGAACUAAUGUUGAUAAUUGAUUCUAAUGAUGGUCAAGAAUCCCAGUAUACUUCAGACUUCCGGGACGUGAUUGAACACAAGACUGCUUCCUUGCCAAAAAUGGGUAAACUGGGCAAUAGAAGAAAUUCUGACGAUAAAUACCCUAAAAGUGUUGUCAAGUCUAGAUCAGGAUCUAAUGUUCCAGAAUUGGAACCCAUUGAAGGAUUUGUGACUGGAAACCGAUCUAGAAGUUCUUCAGGUGGAAGACGCUUUGAUUUUAAUCAAGAAGGCUCUGAACCAGUCUCCACUGGAGCAACAUCAUUAGAUGAGUUUGAGCGCAGACUUGCAGAAAUGGAAAUGGAACUAGACGAGGAGAUGGUUGAGACGGACCACAUUAAUAUUGAUAAAUAUGAAACUCAGAAAAAUAUUAUGCAAUAUGAAACUCAAGAGAGCUACAACGUGGACUGGAAAAAUCAUGUAGAGCAAGCUGAUCAAACAGACUUCUCUUCUGUUGCAGCUGAAUUUAAGGCGAGUGUUACACAAGAGGAAAUCUAUGCUAAAAUCAUUCCCAAAUCAAAAAGACUCAGCCAAAUAUUGACUGAUGAUGGGUUUGUUAUAAACAAAGAAAGAGAACUAAGUGAAGUCGACCAUUCUGAAUGGACUAAUUUAGAGCCCGGCGAGGAUGAGAAUUAUAAUCUGGACCUUUCAGCUAGAGAAAAAUUGAAAAGAGUUAAGAAAAUAUCAUUUGCGGAGGCAGAUGAAACUUUUGAAAUUCAGAGGGACUCAGACAUGAAAACAAAUGCAUUUACAAAACUGUUUUCAUUGGCUCAAAAGCCUUCAAAAAAUUCUUCUUCUACCACAUUUGAAAAUGUUAACAAUAAUGAUUUUCUUGCUCCUCCAUUGAUGAAACUAGAAUCCAAAGAACCUUCACCAAGCUUUCAACAUGAAAUAAAUUCACCAAAAGCCUUUAUUGCUGCAAUGACAGGAGGAUUACUUGGAAACAGAUCCCCAGAUGUGAAUAAGAAGAAUCAGUCAUCUUCAGUUUUUGGAAGCCUUCUGAGAAGAGGAAGAAAAAGUUCUCGCUCAGGAUCCAAAACAGGAUCAAGAACAUCAUCUGCUGACAGGGAAUCUCAAGAUCUGGGUUCAGAUCUUGAUAAUGAGGAUAACAGCAUAAUGAGAACAUCAAGCAUGGGAAGCAGAGAUGAUGAAGAUGAUGCGAGGUCAGACAGUUCUUUUGCCCACAGGUUGGGGCUGAAGAAAAAGAAGAAGCCAGCACGUGUGAACACAGCUGACUUUGAUGAACUAUUUGCUCGAGGUAUGGCCAGGAGUGAUCAGGCUGCUAUUGAUGAUUUCAUGAAACCCUCUAAUGUUCUAACAAAUCCUCCUGGUAAUGAUGCUGCAAACUAUGGCCUAGCCGGGGAUUCAAGGUAUGAUGAGAAAGGAGCAAGAUUUACUCCCUUUGAGGUGUACAGUCACGAUGAGGCUUUUAUUAAGACUCAGAAGAGCGAAGGCAUUGGGUAUGCUGAGAAAGUUUUGUCCUACCUUGAUGACCAAGCACACACUCCAAGACAAAGCAUAGAAGUAACGGAUAUAUCCGAACCAUUAAAAUUGGAAAGAGGGAGAGAUAGAAGAAAGAAGUCUUCUAAAGACAGCAUCCCACCAGUAACAACUGAAGUUCUAACUAAUCCUAAACGAAAAGUUAGUCGUGAGUAUUCAAAGCCCGAAGAUAUUAAGCUGUCUCCUGUACCCAAACGAGAUCUAUUCACUGGUGUGCAAAUACCUCCCAGUCCAAGUUCUCAACUAUUAUUAAAGAAUAUUGAAGAUUUUGUUGCGAAGAACUACAAGAAUGUUGAGGAAAGGUAUUCAACCACUAUUUGGCCUGCGACUGACAGUUUAAACAUUCCUAUUGAAGCAUCAGGCACAAAACAGAUGGAACAAAGACAAUCUCCAGUUGUGUCUCAACAGAACCAUCAACAACAGCAACAACAGCAGCAACAACAACAACACCAACAACAACAGCAAGAACAGCAAAAACAACAACAAACUAACACAUCACAAAAGGAAGAAAAAUUUAAAAUUUUCUAAAAUAAACAACAAAUG